AUGAAGCCUGCUGUUUUUGCCUUGCUCUUUUCUCUGGCUCUCGUUCUGAUGCUCACUCUCUUCCAAACGGUGGAUGCUGGCGGCCAUGACGAGGGUUAUGACAAGGUCUAUGAUUACUGGGGUCACGGUAAAGAUGGAUACGGCUAUGGAUGGCACCACGGCUAUGAUGGAAAGCAUCAUCAUGGUGGUCAUCAUCAUCAUCACCAUCACCAUCAUCACCACCAUCACCGUCGUGACUUAUCUGACUCUGCUUCAUCGAGCGCUGUCGAGAACGAAGGUACCACGAUGUAAUGGAAGCACCCGUCAUGCCAGGACGGCCCACCAGCAAGAAUUUAUAUCAACAAUUCUUUGUUAUUCUUCUCCACAAACUUCCAAAUUACUCUUUUUCUUCAUUCCCAUGGAAAUAUAUCAAUUCUAU